AUGGAAGCCCAAGUUAGAGGCAUCAGAAAUGUGUUCUGGAGUAAACAACAGGAGCUGUGGCUUAAAAGACAGCAGAAAAACAGCCAAGAAAUGGGACGCGGAGCGUCAGGCAGAGAAGGCGGGGAAGGAAGGCGGGCUCGGAGCGAGCGCGGCGGCAGCGCCCCUGGGCCGGCACAGGGGGAGCUGCUGGGAGGCCCGGAAGCCCCUGCCCGGCGCUGGCACGCUGACAGAGCUGGGAGCCCACCGCAGGCGGGCAGCCCGGGGAAGCAGCGCGGCGACAGCCACCGAAGGAGGACCCGCGGACCCCUAAGGAGCGGGAGCACGUGGGCCUGGGAGAAUGGCGCCGACACCAGCCCCGCAAGGGCGCACCGCAGAGUGAGGACGGGGACCGCUGCCUCGCCCCAAAGGGCCUCCGCGGAGGCCGCCACGCCCACCACCUUGGCGAGACGGCGCCUAACGCGCCGCAGCGCCGGCCCAGGAGGGCCGGGCGGGCGGGGCCAAAGGCCGGAAGUUCCUCGGCGCUCCAGCCUUGCAGUGACACCCGCCCGCCGGAAGUGCUCGGAGGUCCCGCCCCCCGACGGAACUCUGGGUUGCUGGGCAACCGGCGCUGGCGCAGCGGGCGAGCUCCACGCUCCCAGGAGCAAGACCCGCGUAGCGCCCACCUCCUGCCCCGGCAACCUCCCAUCCCGCCCGCCUCGCUGCUUUCCGCCUCUCCUUGCGUCGCGGAAUCCCUGCCCUUGGCACCACCUACACGUUUCCGGUUCCCACGACACCUUAGCGCCCACCUGCCUCAAAGCCAAGCUCCACCAAAAGCGAAGCGGUCCGACAUCCGACGUGACUUCCACGUUGAGCGACCGCACCUCCCCGGCUAUGGGCACCUACACCUACACCUACACCAGCCGGCCCCGGGCCUUGCCCUGCCAGCGCCGCCGUUACCGGGACAACCCGAUGCAACCAGCUGAAGAGCCUAUGCAUUAUGGAAACAUAAUGUAUGACAGAAGGGUGAUCCGAGGCAACACUUACGCUUUACAAACAGUACUGCUGCCUGGGCAGCCUGAUCCUCUAGAGAUUCAGAGACAGCAGCAGGCUAGGAGGAAGGUUCUUGCCAGAAAACGAGCCCAAGAACAACUCAGACCACAAACGCCUGAACCCGUGGAAGGCAGAAAGCAUGUGGACGUGCAGACAGAAUUAUAUCUUGAAGAAAUUGCUGACCGUGUAAUAGAAGUUGAUAUGGAAUGCCAAACAGAUGCAUUUUUGGACAAACCACCAACACCACUCUUUAUUCCUGCCAAAACUGGUAAAGAUGUGGCCACCCAAAUACUAGAAGGAGAGCUCUUUGACUUUGAUCUUGAAGUUAAACCAAUGUUAGAAGUUCUGGUGGGAAAGACCAUUGAGCAGUCGCUUCUGGAAGUAAUGGAAGAAGAAGAGUUGGCUGACCUGAAGGCCAGUCAGCGUGCAUAUGAAGAGCUACGCAACGUUGAACUUGCUGAAGUUCAACGACUUGAAGAGCAAGAGAGACGACACCGAGAGGAAAAAGAACGUCGUAGGCAACAGCAAUGGCAAGUGGCCCACAAGCACAAGGAGACUGCAGAGAAAAUUGCCGCCCGAGCAUUUGCACAGCGUUACCUGGCCGACCUUCUCCCCUCUGUUUUUGGCAGUCUCAGGGAUGGUGGCUACUUUUAUGAUCCCAUUGAAAGAGACAUUGAGAUAGGAUUCCUUCCAUGGCUAAUGAAUGAAGUUGACAAAACCAUGGAAUACAACAUGAUGGGAAGAACAGUGCUUGACAUGUUGAUUCGUGAGGUGGUGGAGAAGAGACUGACUAUGUAUGAGCAGAAUGAGGACAAGCACUCAUCUCUGAAACCCGGGGACAGGCUCAGUGGUCCUGGAGCAAUAAGAGAGCCAUUCAUGGAUGAUGACUUCCAGGAACAAGGUGUAUCACAGUCACAGAGGCCAGUUCCAGGCAGGGACUUCCUGCAAGGAACCCCAUCUGACGGAAGGAACAUGGGGAACGUGUCUUUCCAAGAAAGGAAGCUUAUGGAAGAAGGAGAAGAGGAACCCACAGAAAUGAGGAAAUCCUUUGGGAGAGAAGAAAUGUCACAGCAGAGGGGUCCUUGAGAGCCAUGAAACCAGUCAACAGGCAAUCAGCAUUGCAAGCAAUCAGGUAAUGACGGGUGAGUCCCCUAAGGUGAUGGAAAUUAUGUUAGAUUUAGUCUUACAGACUGGGCAAAUCAAAUAUGUUGACAUAAUACAAUUAAAAAAUGAAACCUAUUUAAUUCAUUUAUUUAAUAGUAGAAUAUCUAGAAGCUACUGUGUAACUCUAAUGAGAAUUAUUAAUUCCAGGCUUCCCAUUACAACUCAGUAUAACUAACAAAUAUAUUUUUCCUUACUCUUCAUAAUUUCAAGGAUUAGUUCUUCUUUUAGUAAGUAUGAUACUUAUUGUUAGCUAUUGGUUUUGUCAGCCAUUGAGAUUUUCUUCUUCACAGGAAAACUGUCUCAGUUACUCUCUGAAAGAAUACCUACCUAGAUGUGUGUCACUGAGAGCUGUAGAGAUCCAUCAUUGCCAGGACCAGGAAUUACACCCUCAUUUGUGUGAGAUUAAAUAGUUACCCCUUUCAUCAUCAAAAUUCAAGUAAGGCUCAAGGGAUUCUGAGAAUUAGUAAUGUACUCUCAUCUAUUUUUUUGCAUUCCUGUUAUUGAAAAUAUUCAGGCCUGAAACUAACAUAUUAUAUCAGUUAUACUUCAAUUAAAAAUUUUUCAAGCAGUGUCAAUAAAACUGAAGUCCCUAACUUGUCUUUACGCAUUCCACUCCCCUCCUCAAAGAUAACCACUAUUAUCGAUAAGUUGUGUAUUUCUGGGCCUUUUUCAAGUUUUUUUAAUAUACAUAUAGAACACUUAGCAAUAUAUGGGUUGAUGGGUUGAUGUUUCUCUAUAUAAAUAUAAAUAUAUUAUGUGCAUUUUCUACCUAACAGUAAAUCUUAGACUUUUCAAUGUUAGUACACAUAAAUAUCAUUUUAAAAUAUGGUAAGGUAUUAUAUAUUAUGACUGUGUUACAGGAAAUUCACAUUGACUUUUUAAUCUGAAUUUGUGUAAUUUACCUACUCUAUUGAAAAUCACAGAUAUUUUAUCUCUCAAGUCAUGUUAAUCUUAAGCAAUCAUUGAAAUCUUCUGAGGCUUAGGUAGAUAUAGCCUAUUUUUCUCAGAAUAUUUGUAGAUACAUAAGCUGUAGUAGUUUGAAAUAACUUGCAAUUAUUAACACAUUUACCUUAAUUUCUUUUUAGUUAGGUACCAAAAAUAUUUCCAUGUUUUAAAAAUCAAGAAAGAAUGUCUUUCUACAUUUGUAAAAAGAACUGCUCUGUUUAUCAGUAUAGCAUUUUUUGGUUCUCCAACCAUUUUCCCAUAUGUUACUUUAUAAUUUUAAACCUCAUAGCAACCUUUCCAAGGUAUGCAUGACAAUAUUUUUAUUUUCAUUUUCAGUCAGUCAUUAGUUCAGUCAGUCAGCAAACAUUAACUGAGUGCCUGCUGUGUGUUGGGUACCAUGCCGGAGGAGACAGAUCCCUAGCUGACAGCCUGGCAGUGGGGCUAAGUGAAGAGGGGUGUAAAUGAGGAAACCACAGCCCAGGGAUUGGAAGUGAUUUGCCAUAGGUGACAAGCCUUCUAAGUAAUGUGAUAAAAGCUAGAACCCAAAUUUUGUUCCUUCUCACCUGCUGUACUUCCUUCUAAACAACCUUAAGCCUUUGUGAGGUACAAAGAAUAACUUUAAACAAAUUAUUGCUUUACCAGCAUCUUAAAAAAUGGAGUCACACCUGUUAUCCUUUGUUAGGUUAGUUCCAUCUUAUUAAACAGUCUUUAUGAUUAUCCUAAAAUUUACAAGAUAAUUAAUUUUAGCAAAAAGAUCAAGAAGUUUUUUAAACUGAGGUUGUUGUGGAUUAUUAUUAUUAUUACUGAUUUUUAAAUACCUAUAAUUUUAAGAAUAUUUUCUAAGUGGAUUUGAGGUUACCUACGUACUAUAUUUCUAAUUCCCCUUUGUAUAAUCCAGCCCAUUAAACACUUUGCAGAUACUUUGCUAAACAUCCAGACCUCUGCUCCAUAAUUGCAUAGACUACUUAAACUUAUUAAAUAUAUGGAAACCCAUAGAUGACAUGCUGAAACUGGUUAACCUUAACUGCCAUCCUUUUCAUCCUACAGAGAAACAAAAUAGGAGAUUGGGACACUGUCCCUGUGAGAAAACAAAGAAAUAGGUUACAUGUUAUCUGGAGAAAAAACUAUUGAAUGGAAACUUUAAAUUGGCUUUGCCCACAUUUGCUAAUACUUUAUGAAUUCUAUGCCUUUCUAUUGUUUCACCUGGUGCUAAGCUAACAGAAGCUAAGUAGUAAUAAAAGGGAUGAUAUGUAAUUUAUAGACAUCAUCAUCCCUGACAGGAAUUCCCAUACCACUAGAUUAGAUUGGAGAGUCUGAAGUCAUUUUCUCCAUUGUUGGCAUCAUGGCAUUUAAGCCAUCCUGAUUUCUGUUGGGGGGAGAGAUGUAGGUAUGGCCUGGGAAGUCAGUCAGAGCAGCACAAGUUGGUGAUGGAAAGCACAGGACCAGUCCACCUGGUGUGAGUGUUCAUCUGCAAGGAUAUAGUCUUCACCACACAUUAGGUAGUUUGACUUUUUAAUUAGGAAAAUGAGCUGGCUUAUCAGGUCUUGUGUUUUAUUUUUAAAACAUGGAAAGGUAGAGGACCAACAUAGAAAAAAAUAUUUGGAGAUUAUAAUCCUAUUAUAAUGGGAAUGGGAGAAGUGACAUUUUAUAUAUCAUAUCAAAAUAUUAUGGUACCAUGACCAUCAAAAUGUUAAUGGUACCCAUUCCACUUCUUCUAUCCUAGAAAACUUUUCUUAUCAUGUUGAUUAAACCUAUCAACCAUGUAAUUAUUCAUCUUUAAUCUUAAUUUUCAUAUGCUUUAUUGACUAUGGAAAAUUUUACACAUUCUGCUUUUCUCUGGUUUAUAGGUAAAUCACAGAAAGUUUUCAUAUGUAUUCUAUAGCUCAAUGGCCAUGGCCAUGUAUCUCAAUUUAUUUAGCAUAAAGGCAUUCUGAAGAAGCCCAAACAUGGGUUUAAUUUCCCCACAGACCAGUUGACACCUAUUGUUUCUUAGCCAUAGUUCCUAGGUCUAACUAGGCCUAUCCAGGUCUCUCCCAGGUCUAACCAGGUCUAGUGUUGUCUAUCCUAGUUCUGACCAGAACCAACCAUUUCCAAGCUUGAUGUUGCACUGAGAAACCUGAACAAGAAUGUUAAAAAUCAGAUGUCAUUAUUGUGAAAAAGUGCUUUUAAUGGUAUUGGGUUGGUGUCUAUAAUUCUCCCUUUGAAUUGGAGUGUAUUUAUCUUUGUGUUUUAGUGAUAUCAACAUACAAACUAAAAUGUAGUAAGUUGAUAGUUUAGAUGACACUUCUCUGUUUUUCAUAAAUAAUGAAAAUAGAAUAACUGAUAUAUGUGAGUUAAAAGAUACAGUAAUGGCAUUAUAGGUUUGAUUAUAAAUAAUACCAUCAAGAUAUUGAAGAGUUUGAAAUUUCAGGAUAAAAAUAGCUUAAAAAAUGUUUACACAAUUUAAAAUCCUUUUUGAAAAUAGAAAUCGAGAUUAAUAAAGUUUUAUGACUAUAUGCAUUUAUAGUGUUUAUAAAUCUUAAAGUUUUUUUGCAAACAUUAAACAUUUUUAUUUGUGAUAGUAGUUGUGCAUAUUAUCUUCUAACAUUUUAGACUGUAUUGAUAUCCAUAUUUGCCAGUAGGUGUCACUAAAACCCUGAGGUAAAGUUAACUCAUCUUCAUCUUGGUAGACAAAGAAUUCAAAAAUAUGUUACACUCCUUGGGGACUCUAGAUUCACACUGAAUAUUUUAACUUGCUCUAAAAUCAUCUGCCAGUAGGGUACCAAUGAAGUUCAACCUCUGUCUCAGACCCUUAAAAUGAUAGUUUUAGGUGGACCUUAGCAGUCAUAUACUCCAGUGUUCUGUCCAGUACGGUAUCCUUAACAGGUGAUCCGUCAGUCUGUGUUUAAUCACUAAGGACAGGGUUUUCACUUUAUGGGCUGCUCUAGAAUAGCAACUCUGCUUACUUCGUUUUGUCUCCCCAAGUCCAGGCUGUGUUAAAUGCUUAGUCAAUUACAUCAUUGAACAUUUCUCAUCAUUAGAAAUUUCUUUUAUACUGAGCCAAAAUCUGUCACACUACAACCUAGCCUUUUGGUCAUAAUCACGGAGACAGAAUAAUUUUAUUAUCACAUCAGUUCUAUCCUAUACUUCAAUAAGUUUUUCUUUCUCUCAAUGAAGUAUCACCACUCUUCCUAAUUAUUCUUCAUAGGACAUAGUUUCAGAACUUCUUUACUUUCCAUCCUGGUUACUGUUACCUUAAAACUCCUAUUUGUUCAGAGUCAUCUUAAAACAUGUUCCCCAGAAUUAGGUAUACUACUAUAGAUACAAUCUGACUCAGCAAGGAGUAUUAUGGGAUUAUUAUUUCCCAUGAUUUGAAUAUUACCAACCCACUUCCUCUAAAUUCAGAUAUCUGGAAACUUCACUUUUAGAACAUAAGAGAGAAAAAGCCAAAAUGACUUCUGAGCGGUCACAGUGUCUCAGAGAGCACCCACUUUGCAGUGGACCAUCCAAAGCUAUUCCAGCAGACUGCUAACCAGUUUGGCUAUUUGAUUAUUAAUUCUGCAGGAUAGUAGAUGUAGCAUAUUAACAAGAAGAGAGAGACUGCUGUGCAAAAACCCAUAGGCUAACAUUUGUAAGAAAGGCAUAAAAAAGGCAGGACAAAAAAAUAAAUAACUCAAAGAGGACAGACAGCAGUCUGGAACAAAAUUGAAUAUUCCUCAGCAAGUCCUGAAUACAUCAUUGUAUUACAGCUUAGUAUAGAAAUUAAUGUUUAUGAGGAAGCACUUCUAGAAUUAUGGAGUAAGGACCUCUGAAAAUCUGUUUCUCCAUAAAAGCAAUGAGAACACACACAAAAAGUGUCAAAACCAACAAUUUCAGAACUCAGGAAAUAAACCAAAGGCUUGCAACAAUGAAGAGCAGUUAGUCAAGAAAAAUGACUGAAUCUUAGAACAGUGAGCUUAAUGGCACUUUAACUUGCCCUGUUACCAUCUCAUUCUUCCCAGCUCAGCAGCCUUGAAAACCAGCAGGCUCAGGACUGCAGUAACUAGAAAACCAGCAGCCUAUCAGCCACUGAAGCAAGCAAAUCAGGCUUAGAUCUCCCCAAAAAGCCACAUCCCAAGAAAAUUGUCACUAUUUGACCUACCUGGCAGCUCCCUUGAAAAGUUGAUUUGCAGGGCUUAUCUUUUUUGACCUGACUCAGAGCUGGCUCAGUGAGGAAAGUCCUAACACCAGGGCAUUUUGAAAAAAAAGAGAAGAAAAUAUUCAGUAGCAGUUGUUUAACAUCAGAACUGCCUGAGGCAGAAAUACCAGUUGGAGCAAACAGGAUGUUGGCUAAAAUUUGAAAGGGAAAUCUGGGGAAUGAGAUGUUCAUAAGGGGCUUUGAAAAGCUUCAACAUAUUCCUAGGAAUCUAUACGUAGAAUGCUUUGUAGGGCUCUGUGCAUGCCCAGGAGAGAACUGAAAAGGCCAUAAUCUCUCACCUCUGGCCGACCUUGAAGAUCCGCACAAACAGUAAUUCAAAGCUAAGUCAGAGUUGUGAACUGCUGAAGUACUGAAGGCAUGUCCCAGGACACAUGGAGCCCCUCAGCAAAGGCUGAAAAACUUAGUGGUUCAGGACAUUUAAGGAAAUCGUGUAGUCAGCUGACCACCAAGCUGCUUGAGCAGAGACUGAAGUGGCAGCAUGCAACAGAGAAUACAGACUUUACAGAAUUUUUUCAGGAAGAUCAUUAAGCAGACAAACAGCAAAAGCAACAAAAACCCAGGUUGGGGGAACAGAGCAAGAAUCUGAUGGCCAGAGUUACAAUUUUUAUUCUUUAAUGUCCAAUUGUCAACCAAAAAAAAAAAAAAAAGUAAAACAUGCAAAAAAAAUAGAAA